AACUUAAAAUAAAGUGGCAUUAUUUGUAAAUAACAUAUGAAGUAAUAGUUAAUGAAAUACGUCAACAAAAAAUACAUGAUUUUUUUUUGGUCAACAAAUAUGAAUUUCUAAAUUACGUUUCGUAUCACAUUUUAAAAAGGUAAUGAAAUACGUUAUGUGGCAUCGAAAAGAAAAUAAAUGCAAAAGUGAAACGUUAUACAAUUUAUUUCUAAAACCAAAAUUUACCAAAACAUCACAAUACUAAAAGGGAUAUUCCCUCAAAAUCUAUGCUGCCACGUCAGACUAAAUAUUCGACCAAUAGAAACAUUUCAUUUUGGGUCCGGGCUUCUGUUUUGUUUCGAUGGGUUUGUUUCGUUUCGGUCUGGGCUAAUGGGCUUCGUCUGGGUUGUGUUACGGCCAGUUCUUAAGCUCUUUCAGUAUAACCUAGAUCUACGAAGGCGAGUUCUGGAUUCUCUUCUUCUCUUCGCCAUUUCUCUUCGUCUUCUCCUCUGUGUUCUGAUCAUCCGAUUCCUCACGAUCGGUUUCUUUCAAUCAAUUUCGCCAUCAAUUCUUCUUUAUGGUUUCUUUUCAUCUUCCCCCUUUCCUCCUUCUUUAUAUAUUGUUUUUCCCCCGUCUAGAAAUCAAAACCCUAGAAACUCGAUCGAUGGCGAUGAAACCACAUGGGAAGUCGAUUAUGUCCUCCGAUUCCGACAAAAAAAUCGUAUUCUUCAAAGAUCUCUCGCUGGGUCCCAACGAAGCUCAGUUGCGGUUUCGGCUCAUCCAUUUCUGGGAGGCUUGGAAUCCGCUAAAGAAGACGCUUAUUGGCAUGGAGAUGUUACUCAUCGACGAACAGGGAACUGUUAUUCAAGGAUUCAUUUCCCCAGGGCGUAUUCAAAAAUAUCUGCCUGAUAUGAAGCGAGGCUCUGUUUACAAACUCAACAACUUCUACGGAUCCAGAAACAAAUCGGUGUUUCGGGUUGCUGAUCAUACCGUUACAGUGUCGUUCUCAUGGAACUCGGAGUUGACGGUUCUUCUAAACUGUCCUACUCAUUUUGAUGCGGACAGUUUCCGGUUCCAUUCAUAUGAAGAGUUUCAAGCUAACUGCGACCUCAAAGGAGACCUCUACGAUGUUGUUGGCCACAUGAAGUUGGUUAACGGUCAGAGUAUCGUUGAGGCACCAGUUCUUGACGAAGUGGAGAUAGCAAAAGCCAGGCGUGUUCUGAUUCAUGUCCAAUCACAUGAUGGACCGGUCAUGAAGCUAUACCUUUGGGAUCAGGCUGCAAGAGACUUCUGCAAAAAGUUCAAUUCGUACGAGGGCACACCCACUGUGUUACUGGUCACGACCGUCAACACGAAGACUCUCGGAGGUACUCUGGCCUUGACCUCAAUGUCAUCUUCGCGUGUGUUUAUGGACUAUGAUGUCCAACCUACAAUAGACUACUUCAGUUGGUUGGGCUCUAAUCCUGCAAUUGCUGAGCAGGUUAAUGCAGAGGUAGUCACCAAACGUGAGACAAUGACUAUAGGGGAAAUAUUCUCCUACAUCGAGCAAGAAUCCGCAAAGGACGCCUUCUUUGAGUGCACGGCUACGAUCGAUGACGUCGUGCAUGGUUCUUCUUGGUACUACAUUUCCUGCAGUGGGUGCCAUUCUAAGGUUAUCAAAGGUCCAACUUCGUUGAUCUGUACAAGCAAGAAGUGUGGAAAGGUUAACGCAUCUGGUGUGCCACAGUAAGAACUCUAAACUGAAAUUUAAUUAAUUUUUUAUUGGAGUUAGGUUCUCAUUCUUUCAUGACAGGUACCUGUCAAAGAUAUCCGUUUAUGACAACUGUGAGCAAGAUGUCUUUGUGCUUCUUGGUGAUGCUGGUCGUGAACUGACUGGGAAGCCAGCAUCAGAGUUAGUCAGAAGCUAUUUUGAGGUAACUUUUUAUAAGUAUAUAAGCUCUGAAACGUUUUGGGUAGAUGUUGUUUUCUUUUCAUCAUGCUAAGCUCUUAAAUGUAUAAGCCUGACCCUGUUUUGAUUGAAUGUCAGGCUAAUGGCAACGAAGGAGUUAACCUUGAGGCACCUGUUCCGGAAGCUCUAAUCAGCACCAUCGGUCAGAAGCAUAAGUUUUGUGUCAAAGUCACAGAGCAUAAUUUUUCAGGUAAGACCCGAUCUCUUACCGUGACUAAGAUCCUCCCACUAGACCCUGAACCAACCACAGUGUCUUCGGAAGAUAACCAUACUACUGCCACGUCUGGGGAAACAUCCGAAAACUGUGUGGAUUCAGCAGAUGGGAGUAAGAAAACCUGUGACAGUUCUGAGCUGGAGAGAGUUAAACGCCCUAAAUGUGGGAACUAGGGUUCUCGCGACAGUUCUCAGAGAGUGCAUUUUCUAUUCAGUUUACGUGUUUGUUUCUUUACAAUUGCAUGCAUGGUUUUUUCAUUAUGUCUUUGAAUUGUGAGAGUUUUUCCUUAACAAUGGUUUCUCUCAAUUUGAUUUUUCAGCGUUUUUUUAAGAAUCAUAUUUGGUCAAAUAAUAUUUGUUUAAUAAUUUGGGUCAACAUGUUAUUUUUUCUUAUCCUCAUUUGAUUGACUUAAAUCCAAGAAAUAAUAUGAAAAUAUUUCCAUAUCGCAAAUCCAUAAGGUUUAUGACAAACCCAACUGGUCCAUAAAUACAUUAGAAUUUACUUAGUGAAAUGAGAAAAUAACGUGAUAGUCAAACACAAUUAUUAAAUGCGUUUUCCUUCACUAACGUAAAAAAUAUUCCCAUAUCUCAAUCAGUUUAAUAUCUUUCCUAAACCAUACUCCUAAAGAAUAAAACAAAACGCUUUCUACCCCCAUCUCCAUAUUCGAUAAUCAAAAAGCUCUGUAACAUAUUUCUUCCCUUCUCUGUUCUUCCUUAGGUCCUUUUACAGUUGGCUACAAAGCUCGCCAAACGACUCUGUAAGUGUAAAAUUAUUUACAAACAAACGGUAUACGAAUAUAAAUCUACCCCUAUAGUUAACAAUCUAUUUGCUUCUCAGGAUAAAGUUACACAAAGAUGGAGAACACACCUCGAACACCCCAUUUGGAAACUGCAGGUUCAAAAAUACAAACUUUUGCAUACAGUAUUGUAUUUACCAAACGGAGUUGAGAAUAGUACAUAUAGCUUUAAAACAGAACACAUACAAAAUAAUAAAAUUUCAAAAUUUAUAUUCUUUUAUAUCGCAAAUUGUUUUUAUAUUAAUAUGGAGAUAACAGGUAUUUAAAGUUUUAUAUUUUUUUAUAACGCGAAUUGUUUUUAUUAAAUAAUAAACAUUUCAAUCUUUAUUUUAAAAGGUAGGCUAAUAACUCUGUCCCCUCUCAAUAUACUAAGCAAAAUAUACUAAUAUGAAAACAAUAGGUAUUUAUAAUCUUGAUUUUUUAAAGCACAUAUUUGUUCCACCUAUAUAAAAAACUAAUAUAUAAGUUGAGAAAAUUACAGAUAUUACUCAUAGUAUAUUUUAAUAUUACGCUUUUAAUUUACAACUUCUAAUGAUGUAUUUUAAAAAAAAACUUUGGGGAAAAAAGAUAAAAAAAAAAAAUUCGUAUUUGAAAACAUAUUAUCCAAAAAAUCAUAAAAAAAUUUCCCUCUUAAACUUUUUGUGUUAUUUUUAGAUUUAUUUUUUUAUAAAAGUUUUUGUUAUUUUUAUUUAAUAUUUAUAUAUUCUUUUAUUUUUCAAAUUUUAUAAAUUUUGUAAAUAUAUAUAGAGUAUUAAUGUCAUUUACCUAUUAAAUAAAACAUUUUGGUAAUUUUUCCCCUUAUGAUAUAAUUUAGUGAUCAAAACUUAAAAAUGGUCUGUUUAUAAGAAUAACUCUAUUCAAGAUGAGAUAAAAAUUUAUAAUAUAGUUAUGAUUGACAUAUUAUACAUUUGUCAAUCAUAUUGUAGCAUAAUUACAUAUAGCCUAUAAAAAUUAGAAGUGAAUUAUAGAUGAGAUCCAACUGGUUUCCACAAAUCUGUUAAAGCUUGGUAAGGUUAGUAAUCAAUUACUAAAAAAACAUAAAUUAAUUUCGUGGGCUUAUUUGUAUACCAUAGAAAGCAUUGUAUUUUACUAUCAUUUUAUUAACGACAUACAACAGAACUUGGAAUUCUCAAAUAUUACUAUUUCUUUUUUCAUAAUAUUUAGUAUUAAUAAGAAAAGAAUAGGUAUAUGGUUUGAUAAACAUAAUAUAAUUCUUUUUCAAAUAAUAAAGUGGUAAACAAUUAAAAAAACUCUCUAUAUAGUAAAUAAACUAAAACUAUUAUUUUCUGUAUUCUUAAUGUCUUAUAUUUUAUACAAACUCACCUGUUUUUGUUAUUUUUAAUUUUAUGCAUAUAAUAGAAACUCGAAUUCGCAUAUCCUAUUAUUCCAUUUUAAUAAGAGUUAGUGUUAAUAAGGGGAUAAGCAUGUAUAUGGUUUGAUAAACAAAAGAUAAAACUCUUUUAAUAAAAACGUGGUCAGAAAAGUAAGAAUAUAUAUCUAUAUAGUCAAUGAAAUUCUUCUUCUUUGUAUGCAUGAUAUGUCGGGAGGGUAAUAAUUUUCAAACUAAUACAUAUAUAAUCAAUUAAGAAACCAUUAGAGUAAAUAAUUUAUCAUAUCUAAUUUUGGGUUUAUCUAUUUAUAUAAUAUUUAAAUACAAAUAAAAUAAAGUCAAUUUAAUUUAAUGAAUACAUUUAAUACACUACUUCUUUUACGUACUGUAUAAUUUCUAACUGUUUUAAAAGGUCCAAUUUUAUAAAGUUUAUACUUAAAAAACUUGAACAUCGAUACAAUUAGAAAUUUUGUAGGUAUUUCAACUGUAAUAUAAUAUGGACUUCUCCUUAUUUGUAUGAACGAUAAGUGUUCUACCAUAAAUUUUUUAAAAAUAGUAUAUAGAUAUAUUAUAAACACCUUCCUAAUUUUUUUUCAUCCAGGAACUUCUACCGGAAUCACACAUAAAAGAAAAAGAUGACGCCCACCCGGAUCACGCAACAAACCCAAAGGUGUGUCAAUACUCUGAAGAUAUAUUAUUUUACACUCUACGAGAAUACUAUUUUAAAUUAUGAAUUUAUUUUGUAGUCAAUCAGAUAUGCAAUCCACCAACGUUCAAACCAAAAUACUAUGAUUGUAAGUUUAAAUAGAUAAUUAUAAUAUAUUUUUCAACAGUAUCUACUGAUAAACUAAUUUAUUUAUCUAAUUUAAUCGUACAGGUGGCUGUGAUAAAUGUGACACCUAUGGUAUAAAAUCAAUCCAGUCUAAAAACAUUAUUAUCCCACAAUGUCUAAUGCUUAUAUUGUCUUAAAUGGAUCGCUUUUAAUUUAUCCAGUGAGACAAAAAAACGCACGAGGGAUGAGAAAAGCCAUCUUGCUAUCCAAACGAACGUCAUCCCUGCCACAAGGUAACAAUCCAUGUCAACUUUAAACAAUUAAGAAAUUAUAACAAAAACUUAUACGUCUCAUCUGCAUAUGUUAUACGCAUAGGUCUACAUGCUCCACAAGGAUCUCAUGGCUUACACCCAAAAAGAACUGCAAAGAAAGGUGUAUAUUUUCAACUCAUAUUUUAAAUCAAUGUCAGGAAUGAGCACGAUAAAUUAAAAGCUCAUAUCGAUAAACGCUAGGUGCAUAAAAUAUUAUAUCUCUUUAUAAUAUAUUAAACGCUUUUAACUAUAAAAAUACUAACCACAAUGUCUUAACAAUUUCAAACACCUUUAACCACAGAUAAAUGCUCCACAUCUAAAGCUGAAGAUAACCCCAUCGUAGAAUGCACAAAAUGUGGUGCAUUAAUGUGGACUUCAGAGAGUACUGGUAAAGACUUUAGAACAGGUGAACUAACCUUCACUAUUUGCUGUAACCAUGGCCAAAUAAAGCUUCCACCGAUCAAGCAACCCCCACCCAUGUUAGAAGAACUUCUUCAGCAUAGGUGGUUUCGAGAUACCAUUCGAGUCUAUAAUUCGGUAUUGGCUUUCACCUCCAUUGGAAUGAAGAUGGAUUAUACGGUGGUGAAUGCUCCCGGACCCUACACUAUACGGAUCCAAGGUCAAACCCACCAUAGAAUUGGCUCACUAAUACCGAGACAAGGCCGUCCCCCCGAAUAUCUCCAGCUUUAUAUAUUUGAUACGGGCAACGAAGUCAAAAACCGUUUAAACGCGAUGGGCCAAACCUCAACAGAAGGUAAUCUUGAUGGGACAACCUUAGCGCGCCUCAUCGAGAUGCUUGAUGAGAAUAACUGUUUAGCCAAGCUUUUCCGACGGGCACGUGACUACUACGAAGGCAGCGGGCAAGAGUUUAAUAUAAGAUUGCUCUCAGAUAAAGGGAAAGGUAAAGAAUACGAUCUCCCGAGUACGAGUGAGGUCGCAGGCCUUAUCGUAGGGGAUAUGUUAUCAACAAUUGGAGUACGAGAUAUAGUGGUUCAAUUCCAAUCUGACACUUUGCAGCAGAUCCGUGACGACCACCCUCUGUACAUGAGCCUCCAAUAUCCUCUACUCUUUCCACAUGGUGAGUAUGGAUUUCACCCCCAAAUCUCAUUACAUCUUGAGACAGGCACCUCGAAAACAAGGCAAUUCCUGAUGAUACGCCAGUACUACGCUGCUCAGAUACAUACACGUCUUAACCAGGGGAUGACAUUGGUUUAAGGGGGCCGUCUCCUCCAUCAAUAUGUUGUUGACG